UCGUAAUGCGCAGCGUUAUUCGUUCGAUCGUGUGUUGUUGUCCGUACUGACGCGAGAAUAGAAGAUCAAUAGAAUUUACCACACGCAACGCUAGCGCAGGGAAACAAACGUAUAGUAUUGUGAAACAGCAGAUAGUUCUUCACUCACCCACACAACUGUGUAGCAGCGAGUGUCGAUAGAAAGAGCUAGUCCAAGGUGCAGAUUUGACUGCUAGCUAGCCACUUCGGAACUUACAUAGGAACCGUGGUGACGUGAGUCGAGCCGAGGCAAGGACUUGAAUGAGUGAGGAAGACCGAAAAACGGAAGGGGAGUCGGGCAUAUGGUGCUGUCUUGGAUGGUCUGGUGGAUGUGAUAGAGCUCCAAAUACAAAUAUGACUGAAUCAAUUCUUGCCGCUUCUUCGCCUCAGAAAAGCAACUACAACAAGCAGUUGGGCCAAAACUUGUUUUUCAAUGGAAAUGUUAGAAAGGAACAGCCACCCAGCCCUGAUGAAGAAGUGAAUGGACAUCCUCUUGUGGAGGAAGGCGAGUCGGGGUUAAUUGCUCGACAGCUUGGGGACGAUUACAUUUCAUACAAAGUUGGAAAACAACAUGGUCGCCGACCGCCUUGCCAGCAUGCAGAGACAUUAAGGAGAGUUGGGGAUGAAGUUGAGGAAAGAUACGCCAUCACCCUCAAUGGUUUAGUGAACAAUUUGGAGUAUGAUCCGGACAAAGAUGGUGAAGAGGCAUUUACUGCGAGUUUGAAUGCCAUGUUUGAAGAAGGGUCAUGUAACUGGGGACGUGUUGUUAUGGUUUAUGUUUUUGCAGCCCGUCUCGCGAAAUAUUGCCAGGAAAAUGGAAAAGGUUAUCACGUAGGAAGCUUGGCAGAUUUUGCUGGAAGAUAUGUUGCAUCAAGGUUAACCCCCUGGAUUAAUAAGCAAGGAGGAUGGGAAAAGUUUGAUGAAAGUUUCAAGGCCAAAGACUGGAAAGAAAAGGCAGCAUUCAACUCGUUGUUAGUGACAGGGGCUUUUCUUGGUGGACUUGCCGCGCUCAGACUAUUGAUGAAAUAGUACUUUCACUACCAAAGAGCAAACUUUUAACAGCGCUUGUCGAGUCUUUAUUGUGAAUUUACAUGUUCCUCGACCAACCCAGCAGAAAUGUGGACGAUUGCCAAAGUUCUACUGUUGGAAGAUAUUAACCCUACCCUACGAGCAGUAACUUCAGUGCACCCUAAUACUCUCUGGAAUAUCAUCAAGAAGAAAAAAGUAGCAUCAUCUCAGCACAGCAACUUCAAGGUGGCAACAAAUCUUCGAGACAUUAACGAGGAAUACUAUCAGAAAUACCAGAAAUUAUAUUAUCAGAGAACUUCCUCAAUAUUCUGCUGUUCUCAACGUCUCACGAUCUUCAAAUAAUUCAGCUAAAUCUCAAUAGUACAGACUAUUUUUAACAGGCACUUACUUUGCUUUUCUAACUUGUAAGGAGAAAGAAUUGUAUUUUUAAUUCAAUUGUAGCUUUUGUCAAAAUGUGAAGAGUUGAAAGAGCCUUGAGGAAUCACAUGUAACUUUGUAAACUAUCACUGCCAGGUGAAAGGUUCUAAAAGCUCAUGGUUUUUUCCCUCUGAAAAACUGAACUGAAAAUUUUGUAUGCAAAAUAAGAUUCAGUCUUUGAUGUAAUUUGAAAAUUGACAUUUAAAGAAAGUCAGUACUAUGGACGGUUGUUUUGAAAUAGAUUAGGUCAAAAUAUAACCUGUAGUAGCCUCUUCAGUAUUCAUUGAACUAAAUGAUGACAAGUAACUGAUAGCAGACUUCCCCCUUCCCCCUUCCCCCUUCCCCCCUCCCCCCACAAUCUCUUACAUGUACAUCUCAUAAUGCUAGUUGGUUGUCGCCAGAAUUAUGUGCUACUUUUUUUGUCUAAUUAGGGAGAACGAAAUUGACUUAACAUCUGACGGAAGAAGUCUCUGUUUCGUCCACACUACAAAAGUGCAGUAUUCAUGCAGUAUAUUCACUGUGAAUGUGAUGAUGUUUGAUGGACUGUAUAAUGACAGAAAGCUAACCAGUCCAGAGUCCUUUCAGUCAAGAAUCACUGUUGCCUGCUUCGCCAAAUCGUAGGGUAGAAACCAUGUUUUUUUUGCAAGUGGAGUUUUUGGUUUAUUAAACAAAAGCAAGGCAAUGCAAUUGUUCUCGAAGGAGAAGAAACAGUAAGCGAGUCAAUUACCAGAAAACGCUCCUGCAAAAAACCAAAGGAUGCUCAUGAUAUUUUAGCAGCUGAUUAAUAUUUAUCAAGUGAUGAAUAUAUUUUUUGUUUUUGAAUGUGAUGUUGAUGAGUGUCUGAUGUUGCCUACAUAAAGACUAUGUGGCAGUCUUUUGGUAUUUUUUUUUUCAGUGUAAUUUUUCUUUUCAAAGUUAAACACUGGCAUACUACUAGAUCUUGUCAGAAAAUUUCAGUUGAAGAUUAAAUGGUAUGUAUGUGGCUAUGAGUUGAUCUUUACAACUUAAAUUUAUGUUUCUUUUGAUGUUUUUUGUUAUUGUGCUAAAAAGUAAUAGUUGCAAGGGCCACCCAGAAUGUUUUAAUCCGCUAAUAAAUUUCUUGUAACUAAUUACAAGACUUGGUUUUUUUUUCUACAUAUUCAUUUAUUUUCCUACUAGUAAACAUAAUCAUAUCAGAAUUUUGCGGACAAGAAAUAUUCAUGUAGGAUUGUUCAAAUUAAGAACUGUAUCUUCAAGUUUUCCUUCAUUUACAUACAAUUAUGCUUAUAUUUACUGUCCAGAUGGUAUUAAUAUUAGUGUCGAGUUUUUUUUAAGGAACUGGUAAUUAUCCAUACACGGUAUACAUUUGUAGAAUGAAAUGUUAACAUUUUUCCUUUGAACUCUGAAUGUGCAAUAAACGUGAGUGGUGAUACACACAUAUUGAGGCCUUCAUGUUGAAGUGUACAGGCAAAUGGCCAUUAUUUUGCCUGGUACUUGCUUACAUGCAUACCAUCGAUUCUCUAGACCAGAGACCUUCAAUGGGCUUCACACACAGUACGCUGUUACCGUCAGUGACUGUAGUGUGGUAUGGCAUUGUAAUGCAUCCUGUAUGGCUCACCAGGCCUAUACAAAAGCUCUUUGCGUGGGUAGCAUUUGAAUGGUUGAAUGGGGUUCUAGUUUGUGUGUGUGUUUGCAUUACUGCAGUACAUGUACAUUGUACCCGCAAGCACAACAGAACAGUGCUUUUUGCCAAGCCCAUUCUUUACCUUGUACAAUGUACAUACUCACUAUGUAAGCACACACUUCUUUCUUUAGAGGUAAAAGACAUGACAUGAACUGGGAUUGAGUUAAUUAAUAAUUUUUUUCUCUUCCUUAUAUCAAAGAAGGAAGUACUUAGACUUUUCAGUUCAAAAGAUGCAAAUGCUCAUGAUUUGAUUGGCUGUUGAUAACUUGAUAUAUAGGCCUACAUGUACGUGUACAUUUAGGCAUGUAGGUCAACACUUAACACUUAUAGUGCAACAUACGUUACAUGCCCUAAAUGUAGUCUUACAGAAUACACUUUUACAGAAGUACAUGUACAUACAAAUGUACAUGUAGACGGUAGACCAAGUCCUAAAUUGGACUAAAUCUCCUAAAUAUACCAAGCAUGGGUUGGUUGCAUUUUUAGAAAACAAGGAAGUUCAAUAUAUGAAACCGUUGAUAAACCAUUAAAAUCUGAGCAUGUGUUAUAAGUUCCUUCUUCCUGUAGCUAAGAGGAAAUGCAUUCAUUACAGGAUAUGGUUUCGCAUGAUCAAGAAAUGAAAGAAACUGGAGGAUUUUGAACUCUAGACAUGAAUGAAUAGGGAAAUGUAAUUCAGAAAUUACCCUGGAUGAGUUAUUAUUUUAUUUAAUGAAGGAUAUUUAUAGACCAGACACAACUAUGUCUUUGAGAAUAGAAUGAUGGUGUCCAUUCACAAGAAGUGAAACUAAAAAGGGGUUUUCCCUGUGUAAGCCCUUCUUUUAACACUUGGCAUGAUUUAAAAACAUCAAGAAUACACAGAAUGAUAGAAGUAUAUUAUUUUACAGUGUGUAACUAAAUAUCAACAUGGCAUGCUGCAAAGCUUCAACUAAUCACCCGGAUUGCUCAAGUUACAGUGCCUUUGUAUGUACAUGUAGGCUAUACCAUAUGUUUAGAAUCUUGAAUGGAAUACAGCAUGUCGCACAUGUACUAUGAACAGUUGGAAAUCGUAGGACAAAAGAAAAUCCUCCCCUCAAAAAGGAAGGAAAUUAUUCAUCUCAAACCCAUAGACCAAGCUGGAACCAUGCCAGACAGAGGUCAAAUUCAAAGGUCAUCCUUUUUUUUCAGUGUCACUCUGAAAGAGUAAAAAUUCAGUCCUUUUACCACAAAAAAAAAUUAGGCAGGAAAUUUGGUUACCAAUUUAUGUCUGUACAUAUACAAUUUGGGAUAAGCAUUUAGAAACAACAGAACCAUUUAAAUGAAGCUCACGCCAGAUUUUCUGAUUACAUGUCUACAUUGACAUUUCUUAUUGGACAUCCAUUAUGUACAUCUAUACAUGUAAGAGAUUAAAAGAGCAAGUCUCGCUUGGUGUAAACUCAAAGCAGUACAAUUUAUAUAGAUGUAUCUCUCAUCGGGAGUUUAUAUUUCUAAGAACUAUUAAACCUGCUUAGAUUUGUAUGGAAGUGAACUUAGUACUAAGACUUCAUCAAAUUUGUGGUUUUGUGAUUCAGUUCCAUUUGAUUUUUUAUUAUUUUUUGCUCCGAUUUUGCUGUUUUCUUGUUUUUAUAUGUCCACAGUUUAAAUGUGUGAUAGAGAAGAAGUCUGUUUUUGUGAGUCAAUGCCAUUUGUGGUUGUGCUGUGCUGUGAAUGAUUCAUACUGUAUUCGUCACUUGUAGGUUUGUUAAUGGCUGUACCAGAGUCAGUGAAACUAAAAUCACUAUAUUCUCAUACAAAGCUUCAAAGAGCUACUUUUCCAGAUAUUUUGUAUAAACUUAUACUAAAGAUAAGCAGAUGCAUAGUCAGAAUAUGUGAAUAUGAAAGAAUGAUUGUUUAAACUAGAUUCAGGAAUAACAAUUAAAGUAGGGUAAAUAAAAUAUAGGCUAAGAUUCUUCUAUAAAACAAAAUAUAUUCAUAAUGAUUAACUUAUUUUUAAUUUACAGCACUGAAAUUUAUCAUAAUUUGAUAAUCUAUAUUUGAAAUAAGUUGUAUGUGAUAUAUCACAUUACAUGUAAUUUUGAUAAAAAUACUUUCACUUUUUUAAUCACCAAUCUCUUUUCUGUUCACUCUUUUUGGAGGAAUACUUUGCUUGUUUUGUAUCAGGGAACUCAUGAUAUUUUCUCUUUUUGAUUGAAACAGUAAUACGUUGUUCACAGUUCCUUUUUCAUCAUCUUUAAGUACAUGAUAUAUUGUGUUUGUGCAUUGCAAAUUGCAUACAUGUACUUUGCUGUGUAAACUUGUAAAAUAAAGAGAUAUAUAUUAUGAUUUAUGAAUUAAA